CUAGUACCCUCUUAUGAUAUACUUUGGAAUUUUUCAUAUUUACUAGUACCUUUCUUCUCUGAAUGUGAGUGUCUACUUUUUUAACACGUGACCUCCGCCGGCCCAAACGAGCGAACCCAUCGUGGCGGGAUCGGGAUCCUCUGCAUCGUGGCGGCAUGUGUGAAUCCUCUGCUCGCGAUCACCGAGUCCCAGACCCGGUUCCCAAACCUAAUCCCACCUCCUAGGUGAACCCCGGGAUCCCCAAGCGGCAGCCAUGGAGCCCUCUCCCACCGUCGGCUCGGCGGAGCGGUGGCGCGCGGAGGCGUCGCGGGCGUUCCAGCACUACCUUGACCGCGCGGCGCCGCACGCGGCGGGGCGGUGGGCGGGCACGCUCGUGGCCGCGGCGGUGUACGCGCUGCGGGUGUACUACGUACAGGGCUUCUACGUGGUGGCCUACGGGCUGGGCAUCUACCUGCUCAACCUCCUCAUCGGCUUCCUCUCCCCCAUGGUCGACCCGGAGCUCGAGGCGCUCGACGCCGGCCCCGCGCUCCCCACCCGCGGCUCCGACGAGUUCAAGCCAUUCAUUCGCCGCCUCCCCGAGUUCAAGUUCUGGUACGCUGUCACAAAAGCCUUUUGUAUCGCUUUCGUCAUGACCUUCUUCUCUGUAUUCGAUGUUCCUGUCUUCUGGCCAAUACUGCUCUGCUAUUGGAUUGUGCUCUUUGCCCUGACAAUGAAGCGACAGAUUGUGCAUAUGAUCAAGUACAAGUAUGUCCCGUUCAACAUCGGAAAGCAGAAGUAUGGCGGAAAGAAAGGCCCAGGAGCCAAUGCAUCUAAAGACUGAGAGUCUGGGACAUGGAAGCAAAUGCCUGUUUUUUUCUGUGAGGCAACUAUGCUGCUGGCAUCGUGGUAUUUUGGGUACCAGCUACUGAUAGUGAAUUUGCAUUGGUUGAUGAUUCAUGUUUUGCAUAUCAGUAGUUUGUGUACAAUGACUUGGGACAUGAGCUAGUUGAUCACUUUUCAGUUCUUUUGUUGUACUGCACUUCUAUGGACGAGCUGUGGACCUGUUGAAUCGGUGCAAUGAAAAUCAAAACCGUAACAUUAUCUUUUCACACAAAA